GUGACGGAACUGGCACAGGCACAGAAGAAGUCCUUGCAAUCUGCCGCCAUGGGGUCGGAAGAAGGGUUCAACGUGGCAGACAAGGCGAUCAAGGCAGCAUCAAAUGCCGGAAGCUGGGUGCUUCUGAAGAAUGUCCACUUGGCGAUCAAGUGGCUCUCAGAGCUGGAGAAGAAGCUCUAUGGCAUGAACCCGCAGCAGAACUUCCGCCUCUUCUUGACCAUGGAGUUCAACCCUAGGAUCCCGGCCAACCUCAUCCGUCUCUCGCGCGUCUACGUGUUUGAGCCUCCCUCUGGGGUGCGAGCCUCGCUUCAGCGCUCCUUCACACAGGUGCUGCCACCGGAGAAGACCGACCGGGGGCCUGUCGAGCGCUGUAGGCUCCAUUUCCUCCUGGCCUUCCUGCAUGCGGUUGUGCUGGAGCGGCUGCGGUUCUUCCCUGUAGGUUGGAGCAAGAAGUAUGAAUUCAGCGAUGCGGAUCAGACUUGCGGCCGGGACAUCAUCGAUGCCUGGGUUGACACCGUGUCCAACCAGGGGCAGUUGUCCAACAUCAGCCCGGACAAGAUCCCGUGGGAUGCGAUUCGAUCGAUUCUGAGUGAGUCCAUCUACGGGGGCCGGGUGGAUAACGAGUUCGAUCAUGCGGUGCUGAAGGCCUUCAUCCACCACCUCUUUAGAGCGGAGUCCUUUGAUGCAGACUUCUCUUUGAACAUGGAGUCUGCAAAGGACCAAUGUUUGCGGUCGCCAGAUGGCCGCAAGCGGGAGCAAUUCCUAGAAUGGAUCGACGGCUUGCCGGCAAAGGGCAGCCCCACCUGGGUCG